AUGUUGCCAUCGACUCGGAGCAGUACGGCUGGAGGCUCUGAACACCCAACACAUCUUCCCUCUUCCUCAACACAUCAUUCUACAUUAAUAACUCAUCAUCACAUCAACACAGAUUCUAACGAGAUGAAUCAUUCGAAUCAUGUUAACACGACAAGCAAUGCAGGUGCUACUUCCAAUAUAAUUAUUAAUAAUAAUAAUCAUGCUACGGGUGGUCAUAAUUCUCAUACAACCAUCAACGCCAAAAAAAUACAUCAUAACGAUCAUUCCUCUGGAAUUACAGCAUCUUCUUCUGGAAAUCAUAUAAAAGAGAGAGUAAAGAAAGAAGAACAUACUCAACCAGCAACGACCAUUGUCAUUUCAGAAGAAGAGAAAAUAGAUGGACAACCAUCCAUUCCACAACAAGUGGCUCAUGCCGUUGUGACAUCCAUUGUUAAUUCUAAUACUGUCACAUCCAAUCGGACACUUCAUAAUUUUAAAAAUUCUCUCAUUUUAAAAGUCAUUAAUGUUGAGUCUGAAUUAAUUUCACUUUCUGAUCGAGUGGUCUUUGGGAAAAGAUCAAAUGAAAUUCUAGAAGAAGAAAUUACCUAUGAAUAUUUAAAAGAUUAUUAUUAUCAAAACGAUAAUCCUAUUGACUCGCUGGAAAAGGGAAAUAAGAACUUUUCACCUUCCUUUUCAUUCUCCUUUAAGGAAGAUCAACGAGCGAGAAUGUUAUUUUUCUUUUCCAUGUUAAUUAGCUUUAUUUUAUGUGUAAUUCCCGGAUUAAUGGUUGUGUCUUUUUUACCUUGUUGCAUCUUUUAUUGGUGCUCAGAUAUGAUCAAGUACAAAUCAAGAAGAGCCAGAGCAUAUGCUACAAUGUUAUUUUACUCUUCUGUGUGCUUGUCACUUUGUUGCUUUCUAAUAUUUGUCAUUAUUAUUCCAUGUGCGUUAUUGGCUGAAUUUGGAGUAACACAGAAAAAGACCUCUUAG